AUGGCCGCGAAGUCGGACGGGCGGCUGAAGAGGAAGAAGGGCGGCGAGGUGGCGUUCACGCCGCUGCAGAACUCGGAGCACUCGGGCUCGGUGCCGGCCCUGGCCCCCGGGCUGCCGGCCGGCAGCGGCGGCGGCGGCGGCGGCGGCCCGGGCGGCGGCAGCGACGACGACGAGGCGCCCGGGGGCGGGUGCUGCGGCGGCGGCGGCGGCUCGGGCGGCGGCUCCCGCUGCUGCUGCUGCGGCGGCGGCCGCGCAGGGGACGGCGGCGGCGGCGGGGGCUCCCGGGGCUCGGGCGGGGGCUCGUCCUCGCUGUGCCUGCGGCUGGGCAGGGAGCAGCGGCGCUACUCGCUGUGGGACUGCCUCUGGAUCCUGGCCGCCCUGGCCGUGUACUUCGCGGACGUGGGCACCGACAUCUGGCUGGCGGUCGACUACUACCUGCGGGGCCAGCGCUGGUGGUUCGGGCUCACCCUCUUCUUCGUGCUGCUCGGCUCCUUCUCGGUGCAGGUGUUCAGCUUCCGCUGGUUCGCGCACGACUUCAGCACGGAGGACAGCGCCGCGGCCGCGGCCGCCGCCGCCGGGCACUGCCCCGCCGCCGAGAGCAAGCUGCUGGUGAGCAGCGCCUCGGCGGCCGGGGACAUCGCGGCCGCCCGCCCCGGCGCGCCGCAGCGGCAGGCGUCCACCGCCAGCAAGAGCAACGCCACCAACAGCAGCAGCGCCAGCAGCAGCAACGCCGGCGGCGGCGGCUCGGCCUCGUGCGCCUGCUGCGUCUGGCUCCUGCAGUCGCUCGUCCACAUCCUGCAGCUGGGGCAGGUCUGGAGGUAUUUCCAUACUAUAUACUUGGGUAUCCGGAGUCGACGGAGUGGAGAGAAUGACAGAUGGCGGUUUUAUUGGAAAAUGGUGUAUGAGUAUGCAGAUGUGAGUAUGCUGCACUUGCUAGCCACGUUUCUGGAAAGUGCACCACAGCUGGUCCUGCAGCUCUGUAUUGUUGUACAGACUCGUACACUCCAGGCUCUCCAAGGUCUUACUGCUGCAGCAUCUCUCGUGUCCCUGGCUUGGGCUUUGGCUUCCUACCAAAAGGCCCUCCGUGACUCCCGUGAUGACAAGAAACCCAUCAGUUAUAUGGCUGUUAUAAUCCAGUUUUGCUGGCAUUUCUUCACAAUUGCAGCCAGGGUCAUUACUUUUGCUCUGUUUGCCUCGGUUUUCCAGCUGUACUUUGGGAUCUUCAUCGUGCUCCACUGGUGCAUCAUGACCUUCUGGAUCGUCCACUGCGAGACAGAGUUUUGCAUCACUAAGUGGGAGGAGAUCGUUUUCGACAUGGUUGUGGGGAUAAUCUAUAUCUUCAGCUGGUUCAAUGUCAAGGAAGGAAGGACACGCUGUAGGCUUUUCAUUUAUUAUUUUGUGAUCCUUUUGGAAAAUACCGCCUUGAGCGCUCUGUGGUAUCUGUACAAGGCCCCGCCAAUCUCUGAUGCAUUUGCCAUACCAGCACUGUGCGUGGUGUUCAGCAGCUUUUUAACGGGCAUCGUUUUUAUGCUGAUGUACUAUGCCUUCUUUCACCCCAAUGGACCGCGGUUCGGGCAGUCGCCGAGCUGUGCUUGUGAGGACCCCGCCGCUGCCUUCGCUCUGCCCCCCGAAGUGGCAACAAGCACGCUAAGGUCCAUCUCCAACAAUCGGAGUGUCACGAGCGAGCGGGAUCAGAAAUUCGCAGAGAGGGACGGGUGCGUGCCCGUGUUUCAGGUGAGACCCACCGCACCUUCCACGCCUUCCUCCCGGCCACCAAGGAUUGAGGAGUCUGUCAUUAAAAUCGAUCUGUUCAGGAACAGGUACCCAGCCUGGGAGAGACACGUGUUGGACAGGAGCCUGAGGAAGGCAAUCCUAGCUUUUGAAUGUUCCCCUGCUCCUCCACGGCUACAGUAUAAAGAUGAUGCCCUUAUCCAGGAGCGCUUGGAGUAUGAAACCACGUUAUAA